UUUAUUUAUUAAAUUACGUGACCUAGUUUAUGUCUUAAAAAGUUUAUAAAACAAUGAAAAGACAAGGUAAGCCAACCAUUCUCAGUCGUGAGCCUCACGACCUUAUCACCACCAAGGUUCUUUCUCAACAUGAAAAUACUUCAACACCCUCCUCCUCUUCUUCUAGCCACCAACAGACAGUGAUCUCAAUCUUCAUUAAGUACCUUCUCAAACCACCAAACCCAAGUAUACUUUUCUUUCUUCUUCCAUUUUCAUUCCCUAAACACCAAAAGCUUCACAGUUUUCAUUUGAUCGCCAUGGAAUUGGACAACCACCACCACAACAAACUGAUCAAGCCACCCCACAUCGCCAUUGUCCCUAGCCCAGGCAUAGGCCACCUCAUCUCCCUCGCCGAACUAGCCAAACGACUCGUCGUCCACUGUAGCUUCACCUUCACAUUCAUCAUCCCAAAUGACGGGUCGCACUUGGCACCUCAAAAGAAAGUCCUUGAAGCCCUAGAUCCCCAAGCCAUAUCACACAUCUUCCUCCCUCCUGUGAGCUUCCAUGACCUCCCUGAGGACGUUAUAAUCGAAACCAAAAUCGCCCUCACCAUGACUCGGUCCCUCUCGGCUCUACACGACUCGUUUAAGGUCCUAGCCGAGUCAACUCGGCUAGUGGCACUUGUUGUAGAUCUUUUUGGCGCGGACGCCUUUGAUGUGGCCAAUGAAUUCCACGUGUCCCCUUACAUUUUUUUCCCCUCUUCAGCUAUGGGCUUGUGGCUUAGUUUUCAUCUCCCACACCUUGACGAGACCACUACUUAUGAGUAUAAGGAUUUGCCUGAAAAGGUUCAACUUCCGGGUUGUGUUCCUCUUCACGGUCGGGAUUUCCCGGACCCUUUUCAGGACCGGUCCAAUGAGGCCUAUAAAGCGAUUAUUCAGAUUUGCAAGAAGUAUAGGUCGGCUGCUGGGAUCAUGGUCAAUAGCUUUGUGGACUUGGAACCGGGUGCUUUCAAGGCUUUCAAGGAGCAAGGACAAGGUUUUCCACAGGUUUACCCGGUUGGACCGGUAAUAAAGACCGAUUCAGCUGAUGGUUUUGAAGAGAAUGAGUGUUUGAAGUGGCUCGACAAGCAGCCCAAUGGGUCAGUAUUGUUUGUUUCAUUCGGGAGUGGUGGGAGUUUCUCACAAGAGCAAAUGACUGAAUUAGCCUUUGGACUUGAAUUGAGUGGGCAGAGGUUUAUUUGGGUUGUUAAGAGCCCAAAUGAGACAGCUAAAAAUGCAAGCUAUUUUAGUAUCCAAGGCACUGAGGACCCUUGUGGUUUUUUACCGCAUGGGUUUUUGGAGAGGAUCAAAGAGGUGGGCCUAGUGGUCCCAUCUUGGGCCCCACAAGUGCAAGUGCUGAGUCACGGGUCUACGAGUGGGUUUUUGACCCAUUGCGGGUGGAACUCAACAUUGGAGAGUAUUGUGCAUGGUGUGCCUUUGAUUGCUUGGCCGCUCUAUGCAGAGCAGAAGAUAAACAAGGUGCUACUAGUUGAUGGUUUGAAGGUUGCUUUGGGGGUGCAAGUGAAUGAGAAGGGCAUAGUUGAGAGGCAAGAUAUUGCAAAGGAUGUUAGGGCACUGAUUGAAGGAGAUGAAGGGAAAUUGCUAAGGAGCAAAAUGAAAGAGCUUGAAGAGGCAGCCAAAGUGGCUUUGACCCAAGAAGGGUCUUCAACCAAGUCACUUGCUGAGGUGGCUCAGAUAUGGAAGGGCCUCAAGAUCUAAUGUAACCUAGCUAAUGUGUAAAUUAAUAAUGGUUUCAUUACAGAUGGAAUGAACAUAUGUGGUUUCCUUGGCCUUUAUCUUAAUUGAAAAUAAUUUGUUAUCUUU